AAACAUCUGAAUUCAUUCUUAAACAGACGAGAAUGGAUUCAACAGCAAAGCUUUUAAUCUUUCUGGCAAGUUCUUUAACCUUAUUUCUACUGAAAUUCCUUCAUAAAUACUGGUGGAUACCUUUCAAAAUACAAAGAGCACUGAGUUUACAAGGAAUCAAAGGACCUCCAUAUGAGUUCAUCCAUGGCAACAACAAAGCCUCUACCCGUUUCAGAUACGAAGCUUUAAGCAAACCCAUGGCUUCCUUAACUCAUAAUAUAGUCCCCAGAGUUAUUCCUCAGAUUCAUUCAUGGAUCAACACUUAUGGGCAGAAUUAUCUUACGUGGGAGGGGAAUCGAGCUCAACUGGUGAUAUCCGAACCCGAAUUAAUCAAAGAGAUACUGAAAGCCAACGACGGGUCUUUUCCGAAAAGGAAGGAUGAUUCGAGUAUUAUUCAUAAGAUCCUCGGGGAAGGCCUCGCGUCCUCCGAAGGUGCGAAAUGGGCGAAGCAAAGGAAGUUGGCGAAUCAUGCUUUCCAUGGAGAAAGCUUGAAAAAUAUGAAUCCAGCAGUGAUUGCUAGCGUUGAGACGAUGUUGGAGAAGUGGAAAGGUCGAGAAGGCGAAGAGAUCGAAGUGUUUAACGAGUUCAGGUUGUUGACAUCAGAAGUUAUAUCGAGAACGGCUUUCGGUAGUAAUUACUUGGAAGGGAAGCAUAUUUUCGACAUGUUGACGAAAUUGGCGAUACUAUUUAGUCGAAAUUAUUUCAAAACUCCGAUUCCUGGCAUCAGCAAGAUAUGGAAAACCGCAGUUGAAAUAGAAUCAGAGAAACUUGCUAAUGGAAUUCAUGAUUGUGUGAUGGAAAUGGUUAAGAGAAGGGAAAAGAAAGUAGAGACAGGAGAAGCUGACGGUUUUGGCAAUGAUUUUCUAGGAUUACUAAUAAAUGCUUAUCGUGAUUCCGACGAGAAAAACCGAUUUUCCAUCGAGGAUCUAGUGGAUGAGUGCAAAACAUUCUACUUUGCCGGUCAAGAAACAACCAACUCCUUGCUUGCGUGGACGAUCCUUGUUUUAGCAAUUCAUACUAAAUGGCAAGAAAAAACAAGGCAAGAGGUGUCUGAGGUAUUUGGGGACCAAAAUCCUAAUUCUGAAGGCAUUGCCAAAUUAAAAAUUAUGAACAUGGUCGUCAAUGAAACCUUGAGAUUGUAUUCUCCUGUAGUUGCCGUGAUCCGAAAGAUCAAAAAAGAAGUUCGAUUGGGAAAACUUGUUUUGCCUGCAAAUCUGGAGAUAUUGAUCCCAAUCAUAGCACUUCACCAUGACCCUCAACUAUGGGGAGACGAUGUACAUCUUUUCAAACCGGAGAGAUUCGUUGAAGGCAUCGCUAGUGCUACCAAAUACAACUCUGCAGCAUUCAUUCCCUUUUCGAUGGGACCUCGAUCUUGCGUUGGCAUGAGCUUUGCAACCACAGAAACAAAGGUUGCUCUCUCAAUGAUUCUCCAACGCUACGCCUUUACUCUCUCCUCGACCUACGUUCAUGCGCCAUUUACUUUAGUCACGCUUCAACCACAACACGGAAUUCAAGUAAUGCUUCAUCCUUUAUAGGGUGAUGCCUGAAGUUCUUACCGUAAUAAUUGAUUAUAUAAAUAUAUAAGCAUACUUCAACGUCUGGAUUGCAAAGGUAAUAGUUGUUAUUGCAAUCAAUUACUCUAAAAUCUAUAAGUAAAAUAACGAUUAAGUUGCCACUUUUAUUUAAA